AUGGGAACUAACCUGGCCCAGGGACGUUACCGCGCGCUACCGAGGUGUGUCAUGUCCGUACCUGGCCUACGUGACGUAACGGUCGACGAGGUGCUCAGCGUUGUGGAGAAGGAAUGUAGAAAUCUAACCAGCCUGAGGUUCAAUUCCAUCCUUCAACGGAUCGACCCGGAUGACCUGAAGAGCUUCAAGUGGGAGAAGGUUCUGGCUGAGUGGAGGGAGAACGCUCCCACCUUCCUCAAGUUCCUGGAAUGUCAGGAGGACCCAGAGCCCACACAGAUUAAAGAGGAACAGGAGGAACUCAGGACCAGUCAGGAGGAAGAGCAGCUUCAAGGGCUGGAGGCUGAUAUCAUAGAGUUCAUAUUCACUCCUUCCUGUGUGAAAAGUGAAUGUGAUCAGGAGGACCCACUUCAGUCCUUGACUCUUCCCCAAACCCAGACUGUGGAGAACAGAGAGAGUGACUCUAAACCAGUGGAUCUCAAACCUUUUGGCACUGUGACCUUCUCCAAGAAGAGACUCAGCGAAUGCCGCUUCUGCAAAAAACGCUACAACUCCACCUAUAAACUGAAGACCCAUGUUCGACUCUGUCACGGUGGGAAACCCUGCACCUGCCCUGUUUGUGGCAAGACCUUCAAACUCAAAAAAGAUCUGUCCAGGCACAUGAGUAUUCACACAGGAGAGAAACGAUUUAGCUGUGGUGACUGUGGGAAAUGUUUCAGUCAGAAGGGAGUCCUAGAGAAGCAUAUACUGACUCACACAGGAGAGAAACCAUUUAGCUGUGGUGACUGUGGGAAAAGCUUCAAUCGCAAGGAGCACCUAACCAGGCAUGUAUUGACUCACACAGGAGAGAAACCUUUUAGAUGUGACUGUGGGAAAAGCUUCAGUCUCAAGAAUAACCUAACCAUGCAUAAACUGACUCACACAGGAGAGAAACCAUUUAGCUGUGGGGACUGUGGGAAAUGUUUCACUCGCAAGCACACUCUAACAUAUCAUAAACAGACUCAUACAGGAGAGAAACCAUUUAGCUGUGGUGACUGCGGGAAAGGCUUCAGUCUCAAGAACAACCUAACCAAUCAUAUACGGACUCACACAGGAGAGAAACCAUUUAGCUGUGGUGACUGUGGGAAGAGCUUCAAUCACAAGGCGCACCUAACCAGGCAUACACUGACUCACACAGGAGAGAAACCAUUUAGCUGUGGUGACUGUGGGAAAUGUUUCAGUCGCAAGCAGAGACUAACUGAACAUAUACGGACUCACACAGGAGAGAAACCAUUUCGCUGUGGUGACUGUGGGAAGAGCUUCAGUCUCAAGCAGAGCCUAACUGAACAUAUACGGACUCACACAGGAGAGAAAUCUUUUAGCUGUGGUGACUGUGGGAAGAGCUUCCGUCUCAAGAAGAGCCUAACUGAACAUAUACGGACUCACACAGGAGAGAACCCGUUUAGCUGUGGUGACUGUGGGAAGAGCUUCACUCAGAAAACUAACCUGCUGACCCAUGUGAAAAACGUCCACAAAGGAAGAAAACAGGAUGAAAACUGAAAGAAAGUAGGAUUAAUAUGUUCUGUCAGGAGAUGGGAAUAACAAGGCAGGAUGUGAACAAAACUCUUAGGAAAGUCUUUAGUGCACGCUGUCACAUCUGUCCCAAGCUGUUGCAGUUGUCAGGAGUCGCCUGUGUGACAAUGUGUUCUUAAUUGACCUGCCUGGUAAUAUAUAAAAUAAAAUCUGUGUUCUUUCAAUUCA